AUGAAGGGUCCCCCGACGAAUGCGGUUACCCUCUGCGCUGUACUGCGUUUCUCGCUUGCACGUGGGUCGUCAGCGCACACGUCGACUCGACUUUCCACACCGCUCCGAAACCGUCCAGCGCAGCGGCGGCUGAGCUGCACCACAAAUGGUCCACUGCGGACGUGGUUCGGGAUCUUCAUUCAGCGCUCUUCUACCUUCAAAGUGCACAUUAAAGAGGACGUGGCGAAAAUAAUCCAACUUCAGAGUACGGGAGAGCUGUCCACAGAAGAAAUGUACUUUUAUUAUUUUAGGAUGCACGAUUUCGACGACAACAAUUUGCUGGACGGCCACGAGCUGAAAGCCGCCAUGUUGCACACCCUCGCCCACCGGCCUGGCACUGAGGAGCAGUCAGUGCCCGAAGAAUCGAUCGCAAGUUACGUGGACGCCGCUUUGAAGUCGGACGCAAAUCACGACGGCUUCAUUUCGUACCCGGAAAUAAGAGCGGCUAUGUAAUCAUUUGUGCACGUUGUUCACUUACGCAUUCACUGAAGCAUCGUCAUUUGCUAGCAACGUCAAUAAAAGCCCCAUCUCACCUUUGAAACGCCUCGUCUGCUGUGCUUCGCUAUUAAUUUCGUGUUUCUCACUGAAAGUUGCCGCGGAUCUCAGAGAAAGAACGCUUGUACAUCGUCCACUGCUGAGCCAUCGGUUGUGUUUUUAAAGCGAACCUUUUUACUGCGACAGCAAUUACUUGAACACUCCAACAGAAUUUUCGCUGCCUCUAUCGCCGUGAUGUUUCCCAUAAAGUCCGUGUGCGAUUACAAUUAACGGCCCGUGCGCCGUAUGCAACGGGCACGAGGGCAAGCUUGCGAGGAUGAGCCUAGAUGAACGGUCGUCUUCCCGCGCGCCGAAUCUUGGAGGUCACGGGAUCGUGCGCACGCUAUGUAAGGAGAGCGCG